AUGGAAAAAAAUAAAACAAAGCAAGGAGACAAUGAACAUAUGCCGGUGAAUAGUCCUUCCACACAGAUUUACCAGUUGCAGGCCCUGGCCUCAGAACUGAAGACAGGUUUCACAGAAGCAAUGCAGGAGCUGACGCGGAUUCAACAUGGAGAAUAUGCUCUGGAAGAGAAGGUUAAGAGCUGCAGGUGUUCCAUGGAGGAAAAAGUUACGGAGAUGAAGAAUUCGUUAAACUAUUUCAAGGAAGAGCUGAGUAAUGCGAUGUCAAUGAUUCAGGCCAUCACUUCCAAGCAAGAAGAAAUGCAACAGAAAAUUGAACAGCUUCAACAGGAGAAGCGAAGAGAAUCUCGAAAAGUAAAGGCCAAGAAAGCCCAGAAGGAAGAGCUCAGCACACAAGCCGGGCCCACACAGGCCCAGGGAAGCCCAUUCCGCGCCAUCAACAUCCCUGAGCCUGUUCUCCCCAGCGAAGACUUUACCAAUAUUCUACCUUCUCAGGCCUAUGAAAAAGCCCAAGAGUCAAGGUCUGGUCAUGUAGGAGAUGGUAAUGUGAAGGGAAUGAUGGGUUCUGGAGUGAACCCAACAACUCCAGAAGCUGAUGACAACCUCAAGCCUUGCCUCUCUGCUGAUGUCCAGCCCAAGGGCCACCACUCAUCUGGUGUGUGGAGACAGCCUAAAGAUGGCAAAGAAUGGAGUGAGGAGUAUGUCACCAAAGACCACCCAGAUAAACUCAAGGAGGUCAGCCAGAGUCGACACAGUUCCCUGGAAAAUGUCUUAUGUGAAACCUCUUUAGCUGCUAAACGACAAACUGUGGCCUUAGAACUGCUUGAGUCUGAAAGGAAAUACGUCAUUAACAUCUCUCUGAUCCUGAAGAUAAAGGCCACAUUUCAGGGGUCCGACGGAAAGAGGAAUUCCAAGGAGAGAAGCCUCUUCCCUGGUUCCUUACGCUACCUUGUCCAGCAACACCUGGAUCUGCUUCAUGCGCUGCAGGAAAGGGUCCUGAAGUGGCCACGCCAAGGAGUCCUUGGAGACUUAUUCCUUAAGCUGACAAAUGAUGAGAACAAUUUCUUGGAUUAUUACGUUGCUUACCUGAGGGAUUUGCCUGAAUGCAUCUCUUUGGUCCAUGUUGUUGUUCUGAAGGAGGGUGAUGAAGAGAUUAAAUCUGACAUUUACACGCUGUUCUUUCACAUUGUCCAGCGCAUCCCUGAGUAUCUGAUUCACCUGCAGAAUGUCCUGAAGUUCACAGAGCAAGAACACCCUGACUAUUACCUCCUGCUGGUGUGUGUGCAGCGCCUCCGGGUGUUCAUCUCACACUACACCCUCUUGUUCCAGUGCAAUGAAGAUUUGCUUAUUCAGAAACGGAAAAAGCUCAAAAAGUCGUCCAUGGCGAAGCUGUACAAAGGGCUGGCUUCCCAGUGUGCCAAUGCUGGCCAAGAUGCUUCCCCAACUGCGGGCCCAGAGGCUGUCCGUGACAGUGGGAUCCACUCUGAGGAGAUGCUGCAACCCUACUCUUCUGCUCCCUGUUCUGGCCCUGCUGUCUCACAUCUGCUACCCCCAGCGAAGAAAAGCCAGCAGCAGCAGCAGCAGCAGCAGCAGCAGCAGCAGCAGCAGCAGCAGCAGAGCCUGAUGGACAGCAUGCAGCCCUGCAAGCCCAGCGAGUGGGAGCUGGAGGGCAGAAAGCACGAGAGGCCCGAGGGCCUGCUGGCGCCUGCACAGUUCUGUGCGGCUGAGCAGGACGUGAAGGCGCUCGCGGGGCCGCUGCAGUCCAUCCCGGAGAUGGACUUCGAGCCGUCGCCCGCGGCCGAGCCGCUGGGCCACGUGGAGCGUUCGCUGCGCGCGCAGGCCGAGAUGCUGCCGGACCCGCGCGGCUACGUGUCGGCGGCCUACGACGAGUUCGAGUACGGCGGCGAGCUCUUCGCGCUGCCCGCGCCCUACGACGAGGAGCCCUUUCAGGCGCCGGUGCUCUUCGAGAACUGCUCCCCGGCCUCGUCCGAAUCGAGCCUGGACAUCUGCUUCCUUCGUCCCGUCAGCUUCGCUGUGGAAGCCGAGCGGCCAGAGCACGCGCUACAGCCACUGCCCAAGAGCGCGACGUCGCCCGCAGGCAGCAGUGCCGGCGCCGCAGCCUACAAGCUGGAGGCUACCGCGCAGGCGCAGGCGCAGGCGCACGGCAAGGCCAAGCCGCUGAGCCGCUCGCUGAAGGAGUUCCCGCGCGCGCCGCCUCCCGACGGCGCGGCCCCGCGCCUCUACAGCACGCGCAGCAGCAGCGGCGGCCGCGCGCCUCUCAAGGCCGAGCGCACGGCGCAGGCGCACAGCCCGGCCUCCGCCGCCGCCCUCUCCCGAGGCGCGCCGCGGAACUUCUUUCCCCAACAGAGGUCCCAAAGCGAAAAACAGACCUAUUUGGAAGUAAGGAGGGAGAUGCAUUUAGAAGACGCCACCCGAUUCUGUCCAAAGGAAGAAAGAGAAAGUGAACAAACGUCUUUCAGCGAUCAAAAUCCCAGGCAAGACCAGAAAGGGGGCUUUCGCAGUUCCUUCCGCAAGCUCUUUAAAAAGAAGUCCAGUGGAUCAGAAUACAGGGAAAAAACUAAUGAGAGUCCCUCAAUGGAUCCUUCACCCACCAAACAAGAUUUCUUCAGAAACCGACUUGCUCUUGCAAAUGACCUUGACCAAGGAACAGCUGUGUAAAACAUACUUAAAGUUGUAUUGUCAAGUGGUAAGAUGAGGAUAAAAAGCUUGUAUAUAUCUGUGCAGGAAUAUAUAUAUCGAUGUAUAAAUCCCUGAGGAAAACCUAAUAUAAAUACAUAUGAAACAUACAAAGCAUUGAAAAGAUGAAGAUUAGACUAUGGUUAAGACCUGGCUUUUUGAACUUCAACACUUGGGGAAAGGGAAAUGAAGACUUUUCCUAUCAUUACAGAACAACAUAAUAAAUUUGGAGGAAAAUAA